AUGUUUUUAAAACCUUUUACAUAUCCACUACCCGAAACAAGGUUUCUUCAUGCAGGCAGAAGUGUAUAUAAACUUAAAAUCAGAUACGGCAACUUCCUCUGCAGUGAUGAUAUAGACAACAAUGAAAAUACUGCCAAGGAACUAGAGGAAGCCAUUCGAGUAAUCAUUGGAAAUCUUGAUAAUUUACAUCCAUUUGCUACAGAACACUUGACUAUAUUUCCAUAUUUAAGUAAAUGGGAGAGAGUAUCAAAACUGAGAUUCAAACAUGGGGAUACAUUUCUUGCUCCAUAUCCUCAUGUUUGCACUAUGUAUGUUGAACUCAAUUCAUUUCAGCAAAGUAUAUUUGUUGGUAAGUUUGUCAGGUUACGGUUAAAGAAAUAUUGA